AGCAAAUUGCAUUUGUAGUUAAAUUAAGUUUACUGGACACGCCACGUCAGACCAAAAUUCUCAUUUGCCGUGUUGAAAAAUAGAAGAACGAAGUUCCCCAAAAGAUGGCCGCUGAAGCUGAAACUCAGAUCAAAUAUGCCGCUUGCAGUUCGACUGCCGUGGCACAUGUACGCCUAUCCGGUAUGGUUUGCACCAUUGGACCUGUCUCGCGUAGCGUUGAAAUGCUGGAGAAAAUGAUGGCAACCGGCAUGAACAUUGCACGCAUGAACUUCUCCCACGGUUCGCAUGAAUACCAUGGCGAAACUGUAGCCAACGUGCGCUCUGCUGCUAAAAACUAUUCUGCCAAGAUUGGUUAUGAAUAUCCAAUUGCCGUCGCUUUGGAACCAAAGGCCUUAGAUCCGUAGUGGCCUGAUUGAGGG